UUUGUGUACUGUAUAUCCAUUGAAAAAGUGCAACGAAUAUAAUACUUACUUCAUUAAAGUGCUGUAAACAGAGAUCACAUGUUUUUGGCGCUCAAAACAUAACAAACAGUUAACACAUUUGAGACACUCAUUGGAUGUGACCAUUGAUUCAACCGAUUGUCGCAUUAGUAUCACAUAAGUGACCACUUAGUUGACCAAUAAUUAACAUCAAUUGUAUUAUAUGAUGGAUGAUAAAGAUAGUAACGAAAGACAAUUAGACAUACCACAAGAGCCAACAUUUUUGGCUUAUUAUCGAUCACUCGGUGAAUGUCCGACCAAAACAUACCGUCUCUUUGAUCGGGGAGACUAUUACACACUUCACGGACCAAAUGCCGAAUCUAUAGCUAAAUCUUUUCUUUGUACGUCUUCGGCCAUCAAAUACAUUGGCAGCGACUCAAUGAAGAUACCAUCGAUUGCUAUAUCAAUGGCCAGAUAUGAGUCGCUAUUGAAACACAUACUAAUUGAAAGGAAAGAGCGCUUAGAGUUUUAUAAGAAAUCCACCAAAAAGUUUUCGGCAAAUGAUUGGCAAUUGGACUUCAAAGCGAGUGCCGGAUGUCUCGGACGACUUGAGGAUAUUAUAUACUCGACCAAUGCGUCUAUUGAUAGCCGAGGUGUUUGUGGCAUUCAGUUAACCAACAAUUUAAAAGUCGGCGUUUCUUUAGUCGACACAAUCGCAAAUGAGAUAUCUUUUUGUGAGUUUGAAGACAACGACUAUUUGUCUCAUUUGGAAAGUCUUUUGGUUCAAAUCAGUCCUAAAGAGACCAUUAUCUGUACUAAUGAUAAACAACAACCAAUUCUUAAGAAAUUGAUCUCAAUUUUAGAAAGCAAUAAGAUUUUAGUCACUGAAGUCAAGAAAAGUACAUUUAAUUCAUCAAAUCUUGAGUCAGAUUUAGACAAACUUAUUGUCAAAACAGAUGAUAACAACGAGUUGUCAUUCAAUUCCAUUCUCGACAAGAACUUACUCGCAAAGGAGUCAUUGUCAGCGACUUUUGAUUACCUCAAUCUUUUGGGCGAUAACUCUAAUUUCGACAGUUUUCAUGUAAAACAAAUGAAUUUAAGUCAAUUCGUCAAAUUGGACGCAACAGCUCUUAAUUCAUUAGAUUUGUUUUGCAAUGACUCUAAUAAUAUUAGAUCCAAUCGGACAUUAUUUCAAGUUCUUAAUUAUUGCCGUACAUUUUCGGGACAGAGAUUAUUGGCUCAAUUCAUUAGACAACCGCUCACUGAUAUCAAUAAAAUUGAGGAAAGACUCGAUAUAAUUGAGUUUUUCAUUAAAAACUGUGACAUUCGCCAGGAUUUAAGCGAAAUUUAUUUGAAGAAAAUUCCAGAUUUAUCGCGAAUUUAUAAGAAAUUGCAUUCAAAAAGAGCUACACUUCAGGAUUGUUAUCGCAUUUAUCAAAUGCUUAAACUUUUACCUAAUUUUCAGAGUUGUCUUAUAAGAGAGGAAAGUGUAAAUUGUUUGGCAAUUAAACAUAACUUUUCAGAUAAACUUAAAUCCAUUUGUAAUGAUUUAUCGGGUCUGAGAAAAUCACUCGAAAAUGUCAUCGACGAAGAACGCAUUGAAACAACCGGUGAGUUCUGGAUUAGAUCCGAUUAUGACGACGACCUUAAAGAGUUGCGAACAAAACUCGACAAAUUAGAAAGUGAUGCAAAUUAUAUCUAUAAGAAUGUGGAUAAAGAGCUGAUGAAAGUGCAAAAUGAAGACAAAUCUUUGGUUAAGUUGGAGAGCAGUGCUCAGGGAUUCGUAUUUAAGUUGACGCGAAAAAAUGAAAAGUGUUUGAGAAAUAAUGACAAAUAUUUUGAGGUCAAAAACUCAACUAAAAGAGAUGGCUUUAGAUUUUUGAACAAACAAAUGAAAAAAUUAAACAAUGACUACAUUGAUGUUCGUUGCGAUUAUGAAAAACUUCAAAAUGAUUUGGCAAAUGAUAUCAUCGCUGAUACCGCCAAAUAUUCUGAAACAAUUAAAGAGUUGGAAAUUUUAUUGACAUAUUUGGAUGUAAUGGUAGGUCUGGCCAACGCUUCGCUCGUGCGCUCCAUUCCAUACAUAAGACCCAAACUUUUACCGAAAGGUUCGGGCAAAAUUGAUGUGAUAGGAGUACGACAUCCAUGUCUUGAACUUCAGGACAAUGUUUCCUAUAUUGCAAAUGAUGUGUCAUUUGAUUCCAAAAAACACAAGUUUUACUUCAUUACAGGACCAAAUAUGGGUGGAAAGUCAACUUAUAUUAGAUCAAUAGCUUUGUGUGUUUUAAUGGCACAGAUAGGGUCAUAUGUUCCGGCGGAUAGUGCUGUCAUAUCCUUAGUGGACGCUAUAUUCACAAGAGUUGGUGCCGGAGAUCUUCAAAUUAAAGGAAUUUCUACAUUUAUGGCCGAAAUGAUUGAAACGGCUGCCAUAUUUAGAUCAGCAACAGAAGAUUCAUUGGUAGUGAUUGAUGAGUUAGGAAGAGGAACGUCUACUUAUGAUGGCUUCGGUCUCGCCUCAGCCAUAUCUGAGUAUUUGGUAACAGAAAUAAAAUCUUUUACUCUGUUUGCCACACAUUUUCACGAAUUGACUCAAAUGUCCAAAGAGUUAACAUCAAUAGGAAAUCUACAUUUGUCUGCCGUAACCAUUGAUAAGAAAUUAACAUUUUUAUAUAAAGUAAAUAAUGGAGUUUGCGAUCAAUCAUUUGGCAUAAAUGUGGCCCAAUUAGCAAACUUUCCGCAACUAAUUAUUGAUUAUGCAAAAGAAAAACUCAAAGAACUGGAAGGAUUGUCAUUGAAAAGCGGUUCCAUUGAGGACGUAAUGAAAGCUAUUGGCGAUCAGUUAUCUAAUAUGGAUAACAUUGACGCAGAUAUUGUCAAACAAAUAAUUAAUAAUAAGUUGAAAGAAAUUGUCUAA